GCCACCCCUGCACGAUGUCUGCCUCUUAGCUCUGCUCUCAUGCUCUCGCACCUUUACAAUGUUGCCAUGUUUCCUUUUGUGGACCUCGCCGUUAUUCUGCCUGUGCUGUUUUCUCAUGAUGCCUCUGUGCUUCCUGUGCCCGCCGGUUUGCGUCUGUAUAGACCACCACACGAUAGACUGCAGGGACCAAGGGCUCCCGAGUCUUCCCGACACGUUUCCGCUGGACGUACGGAAACUCCUGGCAGCCAACAAUCACAUUCAAAGCAUUCCGGCCGAUCUCUUCUUGUACUACGGGGAUCUCGUGUAUCUGGACCUCAGGAAUAACUCGUUGACCGCGUUGGAGGAAGGCACCUUCAGCACUUCUUCCAGGCUGGUUUUUCUAGAUUUGAGCUACAACAACUUGACGCAGCUCGACGCUGGGAUCUUUAAAUCGGCCGAGAGGUUGAUCAGGUUGAAUUUGGGGAAUAAUAACCUUUCUGAGGUGCAUGAAGCUGCCUUCGAAAGCCUCGGAUCCCUGCAGGUAUUGGAAUUGAACGACAAUAACUUGCAAAGUUUAAGCGUGACAGCCCUGCAAUCUCUUCCAUCCCUUCGAACGAUACGCUUGGAGGGGAACCCGUGGGCAUGUGACUGUGGCUUUGCCAAUCUCUUUUUUUGGAUUGAUGAAAAUUCAAAUAAGCUUCCAAAAGGUGUAGAAGAAAUUCACUGCACCUUAGAUGACCGAAAAAUCUUCUUGCAUGAACUGUCGGACGUCAGUUUCGGGGAAUGCAAAUUCACCUUGUCGUUGACGGACUUUUUAAUUAUCAUGUUUUCUGGAGUCGCCGUUUCUAUCGCUGCUAUUUUUUCGAGUUUCUUCCUGGCUACGACGGUACAUUGUUUCCAAAGAUGUGCUCCCAGCAAAGACGAAGACGAUGAAGACGACGAGGAAUAAGGAUUUAUUUGGGACCGAUCUGGAUAUACGAACAGAAGACAUCCAUAACCCUUUGAUGGAUAAUUCUAUUUCUACAUUAAUAAAGUGCAAUAGAUUUUUUUUUUUAAAGAAUUAUGAAAGGUGCGAGCUAAAUGUAGCUUAUUUGAUUAGACGUUCAACGAUCUGUCGAAAUGUGAUUUUUUUAAAUUACAUCAAAGCUGCUUGGGUUCCUCGUAAUCACAUCUUGGAAUUGAUAGGAUGCAUUAGAGGUAUUGAUAAUAUGAGGUUCUAUAACUUGAUGUCAUAAAGAUGAUGCCAUAAGACCAUGUCAUUCCGGAAGAGAAUAGCUCUAAUGGACACCAAGGUUUU